AUGAAAGGAAGAAAACUUUGGGAAUUUGAGGACAUUUUUGCAGAGGUUUGCUCCAAUGGUGCGUGGAAGAGCUUCGAGAACGUUGCAGGCGAACGAUGCUACGCGGUUCCAAGGUCACUUACUUAUACCGAAGGCGACAACGCUACAUUCAGUGAGCUCAGCAACGCAAGCGAGAUUAUAAGUCGUUUUGAAUUCGGUGUUUGGUUGAAUAGUAGCAAUUGGAAUCCAUGCGUUGUCAUAGAAGAUACAAAAGUACUGAAAAAGCCGUUUGACAAAGCCGCUUUGUGCAAACCUUUCUUUUCUCGUCUGAAAUUCCCAACAAAAGAAAACCUAGAACAAGGAAAAUCGGCCACGGUUUUGCAAGACAUAUCCUUGAAUGACGAAAAGAUCUACUACACUGCUGUUUGUCUUGAAGGAAAGUACGAAAAUGAGGAUCCUGUAAUACAAGAGCUUAAAGUAUUGCCUAGGCAAGUGACGGUAAACACACCAAAAUCAACGACGGUCACCGCAAAAACCAACAGACCAACGACGGUCACUACAAAACCCAACAGCGCUGCAGCGAAAUCAGAGUACCAGACGAUACUUUUCAGCGUGUGCUUCGCGCUUCUGAUGACACUGACUUCAAUUUAAUCACAGGGCCUCAACAUUUUUUCAGUGAUAACUUAA